GAACGCGCACAAAGAAGAGAACAAAGAUGGCGUCAGCAGGCGGCUUCGCGUAGACGAGUCCAUGGCGGCGAGGCCAGCCGCCGGUUCCGGCGGCGCGGCGGCCGCCGCCCCGGGGGCCCUCCAGACGGCGACACGCGCCGAGUUCGCUGUUCUCGUCAAGGGCACCGAAGAGACGGCGCACUGGCUGGCCGACCUGCUUCGCGCCCAGCUACUGCUGGUCGAGGUCGUGCCCGUGCGCCGAAACACCCGGUGGCUCCUGCUCGUGAGACUCAAACCCGAGGACGCCCCCGCCAUGGCCGAGAAGGUGGGCGUGUUCAAGAUCCACCGCUCGGGCUCCGAGAGGCCGUUCGUGCUGGACCACUGGCGCGACUUCGGUCGCGGCGACGAGACCCGUCCCGAGGAGCUGUUCUCGCUCACCGAGCGCCAGGAGAUCGUGCAGAACGUCAUCGAUGGCAUCCGCGCCGAGCAGCUCACCGAGGUGGUGGGACUGGGCCACCGCUGCGUGCUCGUCCACCCGGGACAGAGCGUGUUCGCCGUGUGCUGUCGUGCGGGCAUCGUGGAGGCACUGUUCGCGCCGCACGACUACGAGCUGCUGAGCGCUAUACGGCGCCAGUGGCUGUCCAACCUCACCAUACCCGUGCACAUGAUCAAGGUGUACUUCGGCAUACGCAUCGCCUUCUACUACGCCUUCCUCAGCUUCUACACCUGGUCCCUCAUGGUGCCAAUGACAGUGGGCGUCCUGGUGUUCGAGCACCGGGACUCGCUGCAGUGGCGCAUCGCGGGCGUGCUCUUCAACCUGCUCUGGAACACGGUCAUCCUCGAGGUGUGGCGCAAGCGGGCCGACUACCUGUCCUGCUUCUGGGGGCUGCACGAGCAAGCGACGCCGUCCAGGAACAGGCUGCUCUUCGCCUACGGCGAGAACAUGCUCGCCCAGAGGGCAUUCCGCAUCAUCAUCUCUCAGGUGGUGGUGCUGUUCUGCGUGAUGCUGUGCGUGCUGCAGCAGUACCAGUACCUGACGCUCGAGGCGUACGUCAGCGGCACGUUCCCGACGUCGGCGCUGGGCGACGCCGCGGCGCGCGUCGUGCCUGGCGUGGUGAACACACUGGUGGGCAUGGCCUUCUCGGACGUGUACCGAGCGCUGAGCCAGAGGAUGACCGAGUGGGAGAACCACCAGACACAGGCCGAGUACCUGCAGCACCUCACCUACAAGCUCAUAUUGUUCGACUUCUUCGGCCGUUUCGGAAGCCUCUUCUACACAGCCUUCUAUCUGCAGGACAUCCAGCUGCUUCGCAAGCAGGUCUACAUCCAGCUCCUGAUGUCCUUCACCAAGGACAACCUGGUAGAGAUCGUCAUGCCGCGCGCGAUGCGCCGCUUCGCCAGCCUGGUGCGCCACAUGAUCCGGCGCGAGUCCAACUACCUGCCCGGAGUGCACAGCAUCCUGAGCGAGGCGGACAUGGCCAAGUACACGAGCACCUACGUCGACUACUACAAGAUGUUCUCGCAGUUCGCCUUCGUCUUCCUCUUCGGUCCCGUCGUGCCCCUAGCGCCGCUCAUCGCCUUCUUCGGCAACCUGCUCGAGAUGCUGGUCGUGGGCUACAAGCUGACCGUGGUCUUCCAGAGGCCCCUCAAGAUCGGCCACGAAGGCAUCGGCAUCUGGGAGCCCGCGUUCCGGGCCAUCGGGUUCCUGGCCGUGCCCACCAACAUCGCGCUCAUCUGCGUCGAGAAUCCGGACUCCCUGAGCGCUCUCUCCCGGCUCUUCACGGACACGGAGUUCGUGCUCUUUCUGGUCGGCAUCGAGCACGCGAUCCUGCUGCUUAAGCUGACCUUGCAAUACGCGCUGCGCUCCGAGGUUCACUGCCCACACUACUCGCCGGCUGUGACUACGUGAUUGGA